AUGCCUCUGAGUCCUACUAGUACCUCCACAUCUACUCUGACUUUGGCCACCACUACACCCCCUAGACCUACUCCAGCAUCCUGCCAGAACCCCACACCCAAUUGUGGGAUCGUCUGCAAGCCCGGCUGUGUCUGCAAUUCCGGCUUUUUGUUUAGUGACUCCCACUGCAUCAACGCCUCUUCCUGUAACUGCUUCUACAACAAUAAUCACUAUAAGCCUGGGGCAGAGUGGUUCAGCUCCAAUUGCGCAGAACGAUGUCACUGUUGGCCUGGCGGUCGAGUUCAGUGCCAGACCUUUCAAUGCAAGGGGAACAAGGUGUGCCAGCAGAAGAACGGCCAGUAUGAAUGUCACACCUAUGGCUCUGCCACCUGCUUUGUCUAUGGAGAUCCGCAUUAUCUCACCUUUGACGGGAGGCGCUUUAGCUUCAUGGGAAAAUGCACCUACAUCUUGGCCCAAUUCUGUGGCAACUCGACAGAGCCCUUCUUCAGGGUGGCGGGAAAGAACGAGGAGGGAGCACAGGAAGGCAUGUCUUGCCUGAACAAAAUCUACGUGACGCUGCCGGAGACCACCAUCACCUUGCUCAGGGGCAGGCGCACGCUGGUUGAGGGUCAGCAAGUCAACCUCCCAGUCAUACCUUCUAAAGGCACCUUUCUGAUUUCAAGUGGGCGAUUUGUGGAGCUGCAGACUGCGUUUGGUUUGCGGAUAAGAUGGGAUGGUGACCAGCAGCUGUUUAUGAGUGUGCCCAGCACUUACUAUGGCAAACUCUGCGGUUUCUGUGGCAACUAUGAUGGCGACAGUAGCAACGACAACCAGAUGCCUGAUGGCAAGGCAGCACGCAAUGAGGAGGAACUGGGCGUAAGCUGGCAGACAAUAGAGGAUGCGGAGGAGGACACCUACUCUAGCAAACUCUGUAGGUUCUGUGGCAGCCAUGACAGCGACAGUAGCACACGUAGCAACAACCAGUUCCCUGAUGGCAGGCCAGCACAACACGAGGAUCUGGGCAACAGCUGGCUGGCAGAAGACAAUAUGGAAAGGAAGUGCCAUUACAAGGCAAAUCCCCCAUCUUGCAAUUCAACCUUGCAGAACACUCUAUCGGGGCCAGAGUUCUGUGGACGGAUCACAGUCUUCCAUGGAGCCUUUGAGACAUGUCUGCCUCACCUCAUGGCCUCUUUCUUCUUCAACAACUGCAUAUUUGACAUGUGUAAAUACCAGGGGCUGCAGCAGAUGCUGUGUGUCCAUAUGGCAGCCUUGACUGAGGCCUGCCAGGCUGCUGGCUACAUGGUGAAGCCCUGGAGAGGACCCCACUUCUGCUCUCUGGACUGCCCACCUAACAGCAAGUACACCAUAUGUGCCAAGCAGUGCCCUGAGACCUGCCACUCCAACUUCUCUGUCAUGUCCUGCCAGGACCGAUGCGUGGAGGGCUGUGAGUGCAACCCUGGCUUCGUCCUCAGUGGUCUCCAGUGCAUCCCCCAAUCCCAAUGUGGGUGCCUUGACUUCAUGGGCCGCUACAUCAUGGUAGGGCAGCAGUGGUUUUCGCCAGACUGCAAAGAGCUUUGUAUCUGUGAGGGCAACAGCAAAAUUCGCUGUGUGCUCUGGAGGUGCGAGGCUCAGGAGGUCUGCAGUCAGCAGGAUGGCAUUUAUGGCUGCCAUGCCACAGGGUCUGCCACCUGCACUGUCUCAGGGGAUCCCCACUACCUGACAUUCGAUGGAGCCCUGCAUCACUUCAUGGGCACCUGCAGCUACACCCUCACCCAGCUUUGCUGGCCAAGGUCCUUCGACAACUACUUUGUCGUGAGCACCACCAAUGAGUUCCGAGGUGGGAAUGUGGAGGUCUCCCAUGUGACCGCCGUCCACAUACAGGUCUUCAAACUCAGAAUCUCGUUGAUCAAAGGCUACAAGGUUGUGCUGAAUGGUCGCCGGGUGACCCUGCCUGUAUGGCCUGCCCAAGGUCGGGUAGGCAUUAGGCACAGUGGCUUUUUCAUUUUCCUCUACACGGAUUUGGGGCUUCAAGUUCGCUAUGAUGGGAACCACCUGGUCAAAGUGACAGUGCCCUCCACCUAUGCUGGCCGGCUCUGCGGGCUGUGUGGAAACUACAACAACAACAGCUCCGAUGACAAUCUGAAACCAGAUGGAAAGCCUGCAGACAACUCCAUCGAACUGGGGGUUGCCUGGAAGUCAAAUGAAUACUCUGAAUCUGGCUGCUUCUUUGCGGGUGGCAAGCCUCCCAGAUGCCAGGAGAAUGGAGUGGCAGACACCUGGAAUAAGAACUGUAAUAUCUUAAUCAACCCUAUGGGCCCCUUCUCCCAGUGCCACAAGGUGGUACCCCCAGACUCCAGCUUUGCCAGCUGUGUGCAUGGCCAGUGUGGGACCAAGGGUGAUGCCCUGACCCUGUGCCACUCCCUGCAGGCCUAUGCAUCCCAGUGUGCACAGGCCGGCCGGCCGCCUGUCUGGCGGAACAGCACCUUCUGCCCUCUGAAGUGCCCAGCUGGCAGCAGCUACAGCCCCUGCGCCAACCCUUGCCCAGCCACCUGCCACACCCUGAACAGCCCACAAGACUGCCCGGUAGCGCUGCCCUGUGCCGAGGGCUGCGAGUGCCAAAACGGCCAUGUCCUGAGUGGAGCCUCCUGUGUGCCCUUCAACGAGUGCGGCUGCACCGACUCCCGGGGCUCCUACUACCCGGUUGGGGAGAGCUGGUACACGGACAAUAGCUGCUCCAGGCUGUGCUCCUGCUCCACCCACAACAUCUCCUGCCUCGACACCUCCUGCAAGCCUGAACAACUGUGCUGGGCCCUGCAUGGGCUGAUACGCUGCCGGAGUUCAGGGAUGGGAGUGUGCCGGAUCGAAGACAAGUCCUACUAUGUGAGCUUUGAUGGCCGUUAUCAUGCCAUCAGGAGCACCUGUGCUUAUGUCCUGGUGAAAACAUGUCACUUCACCAUGCACCUGCCCUUCUUCAAGAUCAGUGGCGAGAAUGAGGAGCGGGAAGGCCAAUCCCCUGCUUUCUACCUCCGGCAGCUCAAUAUUAGCAUCUUUGAUUCCCUGAUCACCCUACAAAAGGACCAUCAUGUGCUGAUCAAUGGCAAACAGGUCACCCUUCCCUCCAACAACCGGGUCAAGGGUGUCAGCAUCUAUGCCAGUGGCACCUACACCGUGCUCAGACAUUACAUUGGGCUGCAAGUCAAGUUUGAUGGCAGCGGGUUCUUAGAGAUCGAAAUCCCUAGAGCCUAUUAUGGAAAGGUCUGUGGCAUAUGCGGAAACUUCAAUGAUGAGGAAGAGGAUGAAUUAAUGAUGCCCAAUGACGAACUAGCCCAGAAUGACAUUGAUUUUGUGCAUAGUUGGCAAGAUAAGGAGGCCAACCCAAAUUGCCAAAAAGAUGACCUAAUAGACGAGCAGAUGAAGACCAAAGCAGGGUAUCAGGAGCCUCAGACUGCAAACUGCAAGCCGUCUCACCUAAUGAGAGCCAUGAAGCACUGCAAAGUGGCCUUUCAGACUCCGGCGUGGACUAAGUGUGCCGCCCACGUGGCCCUCACGCCCUUCCUGCUGGACUGUAUGCACAACCUCUGUGAGUUUAGAGGCCUAACCCAUGCCCUCUGCGACUCUCUGCAAGCCUUUGGGGCCGCCUGCCAGGCCCAGGGGCUCAAGCCCCCAAUCUGGAGAAACAGCAGUUUCUGCCCUCUGGAAUGCCCCACCCACAGCACCUACACGUCCUGCGUUCCCUCCUGCUCACUCUCCUGCUGGGACCUGGAAGGCCAGUGUGAUGACACCAAAGCUCCCUCCACCUGUGAGGAGGGCUGCAUUUGUCAGUCUGGCUACGUGCUCAGUGAGCAGCAGUGUGUGCCCAGAUCUCAGUGCGGCUGCAGGGAUGCCCAGGGCCGCUCCCUCCCCACAGGGAAAACCUGGCUCUCCAAUGGCUGCACCCAGAACUGUACCUGCAGAGCAGGAACCAUUCAGUGCCAGCCCUUCACCUGUCCCUCUGGCUCUCACUGCCAGUCCAGCUCCAACGGCAGCAGCACAUGCACCCUCCACAAGUUGGAACGUUGCUUGAUUUUCGGAGACCCCCAUUACCGCACAUUUGAUGGUGUUAGCUACCACUUCCAGGGCCGCAUGACCUACAUUCUGGUCAAGACCGUGGACACGCUCCCCAGGAGUGUGGUGCCCCUGGUCGUGGAGGGACGCAACAAAAUGCAUAUGCCCCUCAGCCAGAUCUUCCUGCAGGAGGUCGUGGUGAUAGUCUACGGCUAUACAGUCCAGCUCCAGGCUGAACUGCAGCUUGUGGUCAACGACCAGAAGAUGGACACUCCCUACAACCCCAACAAACAACUGCAGGUUACCAUUCGGAGCCAUCGGCUGCAUCUGAUCACUGAUUUUGAGUUGACUGUCAGCUUUGAUGGAAAGGACAAUGCAGUGAUCUCCCUGCCCAGCACGUACCAGGGGCUUGUGUGUGGCCUGUGCGGGAACUUUGACAAGAACCAGAACAAUGAAUUUAUGCUGCCCAGUGGUGCCCUCACUCAGAACCUCAACAAUUUCGGCAACAGUUGGGAGGUGAAGACCAAGGGAGGCCUCCCCCGCUUCUCAAGGUCCAUCCAAGAGGAGGAGGAGGGAGAGGAGAAGGCAGGCUUCGAUGAGUCAGAAUGCAGCCCAGAGCAGCUGCAGCUCCUCAACAGCACCCAGGCCUGCGGGGUGUUGGUGGACCCCCAGGGCCCCUUUGCCGCCUGUCACCAGACUGUGGCCCCGGAGCCCUUCCAGGAGCACUGUGUGUUUGAUCUGUGUGCCACCCGGGACCCUGAGGAGCAGGAGGAGCUGCGCUGCCAUGUUCUCAGCGCCUACGCCAUCAUCUGCCAGGAGGCAGGCACCACCCUGGCCAGCUGGCGGGACCACACUCACUGCGCCUUGGCGUGCCCAGCCAAUACCAUCUAUCAGAGCUGCAUGACACGCUGCCCUGCCUCUUGUGCCAACCUGGCGGCUCCCAGGGACUGUGAGGGCCCCUGUGUGGAAGGCUGUGCCAGCCUCCCAGGCUACAUCUACAGCGGUGCCCAGAGCCUCCCCCUGGCCCUCUGUGGUUGCACCAACAAUGGCAUCUACUACCAGCGGGGUGACAGCUUUGUGACUGAGGAUUGCUCUCAGCGCUGCACCUGUGUCAGCUCAGAGCACCUGCUGUGUGAGCCCCUCGGCUGCAGCGAUGGGGAAAUCUGCACCCUGGGGAACCUCACUCGUGGCUGCUUCCGAGAAAGCCCAUGUCUGCGGAACCCCUGUCAGAAUGACGGGCACUGUCGGGAGCAGGGCACCCACUUCACCUGUGAGUGUGGACUUGGUUAUGGAGGAGACCUCUGCACGGAGCUUCGGGAUGUGCCACUCCCAGAAAAGCCAGAAGUGUCCAACUUUGUGGCCACCCUGUUGGGAAUGCUGGUGCCCGUGGUGGUCAUAGUGCUGGCGGUGGUCAGAGAAUGUGUUUCCAGGAGGAGGAGGGAGAAAAUGCAGAGCCGGAACAGAGACAGGCUGGCAGACACAGGUGAGAACCAACCCCACCGCCCAGAACCGGGAGCGGAGCAGCCUCUAACACAGGCUUUCUCCCUUCCCCCAGAUUUUGUUCCGGAACCUGCCUUCAGAGUCACUUAG